AUGGGUUGGGUUUCGUUCAACGAACUGGGUUCCAUGGACUGUCGUGGAAUUAUGUUCGAUGUCACUGAGGGGGAUUCUUCACCUAUCCUCGUCUCUCUGCCGCCACGAAAAUUCUUCGAGUAUGAGCAUGAUACUCGAGAUCACACGUUGGGAUGUAUUGGGGAUAAAAUGGUAAAAUUAGACGGAUCGUUGAUUUCGACGUUCAUCCACAAGAGUAAAGUCUGUCUUAAAUCGAAAGCCAGCCUAGACUCACCACAAGUGCGUCAAGCAGAAUCCGUCCUGCGGAAAAAUGCGGCCCUAGAUAGAGAAAUUCAGUCACUCGCCGAAGAAGGCUACACGAUCAAUUUCGAGUUGACAUCACCGCGAAAUCGAAUUGUCAUACCCUAUGAAGUCGAACAGCUCAAUCUUCUCUCCGUUCGAUCACAUAGUACUGGUGAGAAUCUGUUCGGAACUCGACUACAGCAAUUUCUUCAAGACAAAUAUCCAGCAAUGAUGCAAAACAUGGUUUCGUAUGAAAAUUGUUUGGCGAGUGUCGUAACUGUUGAGGGACAUCGCGAGCUAAUCGAGACGAUUCGCAAAGAGCAAACGGGAGAAGGUUAUGUGGUGGAAAUUAUUUUAAGUGACGGAACAUCGUACUUGACCAAAGUGAAGAAUAAUACAUUUCUCGGCCUGGAAAAGAAGAAGAAGAACCCCGGUUUGCGAUAA